AUCUUCAAUUUACUUUUUUCUUUCCUAAAUACUCAUCUUUCUACUUUCAUUUAUACGAGACCCAAAUAAUAAAUUUUGUACAAGAUUACGAAUCGACGAUACAUACAUGGCAACCAAAAUUGCUGCCAAGGCCGCCGAGGCGAUCCGUACGCCGGCUCGCCGGCAAAUCUUAUCAAUCACUGACGCCGCCGCCGCCAGAAUCCGGCAGCUUCUCGAACAUCGCCAGCGACCUUUUCUCAAACUCGGCGUCAAGUCUCGCGGUUGCAACGGCUUGUCCUACACUCUUAACUACGCCGAUGAGAAGGGAAAGUUUGAUGAAGUCGUCGAGGAGAAAGGCGUGAAGAUAGUGGUUGAGCCGAAAGCUUUGAUGCAUGUUAUUGGAACCAAGAUGGAUUUUGUAGACGACAAGCUAAGGUCAGAGUUCAUAUUCAUCAACCCCAACUCAAAAGGGCAGUGUGGCUGCGGCGAAUCAUUUAUGACUACAGCUAGUAAAGAACAAUCAUGAUUACACUGUUGUAUGGUACACAAUCAUAGGGCAUUUCAGUAAUGCAAGAGAUACAUCAUCUUAUGAGCAGUCUAAAAAUUUGCUUUACAGCAAAUAAUAUCUUGUGAUGCAUUGUCAAUUAGUACAUACAGUGAUACUUGUACAAAUAUGUAGUCCAUUUUGUGCACUCUUGAAAAAUUGUUGUAAAAGUUUCGAUGCUCUGACAGAUUGAGCACUGCCACAAAAUUCUAUGUAGGAUACUAUUGGCCGGAGUGCCCAUUUAUAUGACCCCUAUCGUUACAUGGUUCUAUAAA